AGCCGGCCCGGCUGGUUGUGGCUGGUUUAGAGACUCGUCUGUCGUCUGUUUUUUUCUUUUCUUUUCUUUUCUUUUCUUUUCUUUUCUAGAUUAACGUUUAAAAACUUCGAGGUGUAUGAUGACAAUUUGAAAUGGCGCAGAAAGACACGUCAUUACAUCUCUUCGCCGGGGGAUGUGGUGGUACAGUGGGUGCCAUCGUGACCUGCCCACUAGAGGUGUUGAAGACGAGGCUACAAUCAUCAGGUUUCACGUUCAGACCGGUGUUUCAGGUGCAGCUUGGUACUGUCAACGGAGCUGGUGUUAUUAGACCAGGACCAGUAACGCCUAGCCUCCUGCAGGUCCUACGGUCAAUUUUGGAAAAAGAAGGACCAAGUUCGCUGUUCCGAGGACUGGGUCCAAAUCUAGUUGGAGUUGCACCAUCAAGGGCAAUAUAUUUUGCAGCCUACUCCAAGUCAAAAGACACCUUCAAUGGCAUCUUUGUGCCCAACAGUGGAGCAGUGCACAUGUCUUCAGCCGGGUUUGCAGCGUUUGUAACAAACUCCUUGAUGAACCCCAUCUGGAUGGUCAAAACUAGAAUGCAGCUUGAAAAGAAGAUGCGAGGAGAGAAGAAGAUGAACGCAUUGCAGUGUGCACGCUAUGUAUACAGGACCGAAGGUGUACGGGGCUUUUACCGGGGCCUCACUGCGUCGUAUGCUGGAAUAUCUGAGACCAUGAUCUGCUUCCUCAUCUACGAGACUCUGAAGAAGCGCCUAGCAGAGAGUCAACUCAUGUCUGCCAACAGCGACGGAGAAAAAAGAGCCUCGGACUUCCUGAGCCUUAUGUUAGCAGCUGCUUUUGCCAAAGGCUGUGCCUCCUGCAUAGCAUAUCCACAUGAGGUCAUUCGGACAAGGCUGAGAGAAGAAGGCAGCAAAUAUAAAUACUUUUUCCAAACGGCCCGCCUAGUGGCAGUGGAGGAGGGCUAUGCUGCUUUUUAUAGAGGACUCAUUCCACAGCUCAUUAGGCAAAUUCCCAACACCGCUAUUGUGCUCUCCACCUAUGAGUUCAUUGUCUACCUGCUGGGACAACCCUCCAAAUAAAGCCCAGUAUAACUUGCACAAAGAGACUUUUGGACCUGCAAUUAAAGUUGGAGAAAAUAAAACCUGUUGCGAGACCUGUUGUUUGCCUGAGGAUACAGUAGGAUGCAGGUUCUUCGUCAGAAUCCAAAGACUUUAAAGAGGGGGGGAAAGAUUUUUUUUAUAUUUUUAUUUGGAUAUAUACAUUCUACUAGAUGUAACAAUUUUGAUUUUACGUUUAUCCCACAGCCUGACUGACACUUUUUUUAAUUUAACUGCUCUGUGAGAUAUUAAUAUGGUACACGUGUAUGGUUUAGAGCCAAGUGUUAAUAUUGCAUCACUGUACAGAAAGAGGUCAUCCUAAAGCACAUAGUGAUAUUAAGUUAACUAAAUUAUUCUUAUUUUAUUUUUUUGUUGUAGUUUUUAAUUUCAUUCAUGGUUCUGUCCAGUCUGUUAUGUUACCUAGCCAAAGACGCUGAAGCUGAACUCUGCAUUGGAUCCUGUUAUACUGAAUGGGAAGGAUGCUGAUACAUGAAGGAGA